UGCAUUUCUACGAAAUGUGCAGUUAAAAUGCGCAUGUGCGAAUAUUUUCGAAAGUGAUCAAUAAACGAAUUUCAAGUGAAAGACUUGUAAUGUCAUAUAAAAGAUACAAGACGGUGCUUUGAACUAGGUCGUGAUAAAUCCUCUUAUGACGGUUCUUCGAUAGGAGCUCAAGCCAUCCGUCGCAGCUCGUGUCCAUUUCAGCGAAGGAAUUUUCCAAAAAUUUGAUUGAUUGUGAUCCCAGUGUUGUGCAAAUUUGGAAAUAAGUGUGUGAAAUCACUGCGUUGUUCCAGAAGUAAGUGUGUUUAGUUUAUAUUGUCUGUGACGAGUGGAAAGAAACAAAUUUCGUUGGAGGUCGAACUGCUUCCCCAAACUAAUCAAUCGAAGAACCACAAGAAAAAGUGCAUUGAAAACUCCAUUUGGAAUAAAUUGUUUGCCACAGUUUGCUGUCCAAAGUCUCAAGGAAUAGAUAACUCAAACUAGUAUGGCUGCCGGAGAUCCAAAAUGGCAAAAGGAUGCGUCCGAUCAAAACUUCGACUACAUGUUCAAACUGCUCAUCAUCGGUAAUUCCAGUGUUGGUAAAACGAGUUUUCUAUUCCGAUAUGCCGAUGAUUCGUUUACGUCCGCCUUCGUCUCUACGGUUGGAAUUGAUUUCAAGGUGAAAACGGUGUUUCGGCAUGAUAAGAGGGUCAAACUUCAAAUUUGGGACACUGCUGGACAGGAGCGAUAUCGAACAAUCACCACUGCAUAUUAUCGAGGUGCCAUGGGAUUUAUUCUAAUGUAUGAUAUUACAAACGAAGAGAGCUUCAACUCUGUUCAAGAUUGGGUAACACAAAUCAAAACGUACUCCUGGGACAACGCACAAGUCAUUCUCGUUGGAAACAAGUGCGAUAUGGAAGAUGAGCGCGUAAUAUCGUUCGAACGCGGUAAGCAACUGGCAGACCAGCUGGGCGUUGAAUUUUUUGAAACGUCCGCUAAAGAAAAUGUGAAUGUGAAGAAUGUAUUUGAAAGACUAGUGGAUAUUAUCUGCGAUAAAAUGUCGGAGAGCUUAGAUUCCGAUCCAACACUUGUGGCAGGAGGUCCCAAAGGCCAACGGCUAACGGAUCAGCCGCAGGGUCCACCAAACGCCAAUUGUAACUGCUAAAAAUCACUUUGUAGCGUUCAAUCAACACCGAGUCGAAUAAAGAAGCAUACGAUUAUAUUGCUACUAGGAUAUCCACCCUCUUUAUCGCUGAAAAACAACCAGAAAACAAAGACAUCCAACUACGUACGUGGUACAUUAGAGAAAUUGGAAGCAUUUUGGAUUGGAAGAAUUGUUCAUAUCGUAAAGCAUAAUGGCGUUGUCUUUUCCGUUGCUCUAAAAUUUGUUAGAAAAAAAUUAAGAUCGUUUAACUGUGGGGUAGGCAUAUUAGGUUCGACAAUUUGAGGUUCAAAAUCACACCAGGUGGUCUGGAAUUCUGUAAGAAUGGUUGUCAUUUUUGUCUGGAGCAGAAUGUCUACAAAUAUUAUUGGAACAAACUGAUAAUGUCAGUUAGUGAAUUAACCAAUAGGAUGUAGCAAAAUCGGAAAGUUUUGUUAGUAGACGGAGCACUCAUUUACAAACACAGUUCGAAUAUCUAGGUAUGUUGUUCUAGUGUAGACAAUAAACAUAAGCGAAAGUUGUGGACGUUCUGUGGACCGAAGUGCAAAAAUUUGGGCCAUAUUGGAUUUAUGUUGCAGCUCCUGACACGCAAAACAUCAGUAUUAAACAUAACGGAAAUAAUCCGGAAUGCGUUACAAUCAGCUACCAAUUCUCAGCAUUAUUUAGAUCAGCAAAAAAUGGAAGCAUGGUGUGUCAAACUAAGAUGAUUUUUCAUGUUUUAUUUUUAUUUUUUCAAAAUACGCAGUCAAUUGAUUUAAAGAAAGCAAAAUAACUAGCAGCAUUCCUUGACAUACGACAAACCUCAUCAAAAAUUAGUUGAGUAGAUGAAAUUCAGCGUAACGAGCAUACAUUACAAAAACAAUUUGCCGAUGGUGUAAAUAAUUUCCUUCAUAGCAUCGCUCAUCAUGACAAACGAUCAUUUUUGUUCGAACAUGUUGUAGGAACCCAUGUGGGUGAAUCUUCCGAGUAAUCUGCAUCUAUCUAAUAAAUAAAACAAGAUAAAACUAACGACAUCGACAGAUUCACCAAAGAUACAAAUAGACAUACACGUGCAUAUUGCAGCAUAACGAACCUUUUUCGUCGAACUUUGAAAAGUACUGUGAGUUAUACGUUCAAAAAAGAUGGAUAAAUGGUAUUAGAAAAAAAAAAAAAAACGAAUUACAGCAACUGAAUGAUGUUCUUAAUGUAUCCAUCAUUUUCAUGCAUGUUUUUUCAUUGUGUAAUGGAGUUUAAAAUAAAGGGAUUCAUCUAAACAAAUAUAAAAUCGAAAUCAUCUGCAUGUGCCUACGAUAGCUGAGAGAUGUUCUCCGACAAACUGAAUUCAAUUUGGCCAUCGUUUUUUCCUGAGCAGGAAAAAUCGGUUUUGAGACUUUCUCUGUUGUUGUUAGUGCUUUUCUUCACCCAUGAUAUGGCGAGUAAGCUACGCUCCACUGGUUUCCAACAGAAAAAUAAUAUGUCUGUCUGCAAAAUUCUGUUAACUUAAAAACAGAAAUUGAUCUGGAAAGAACAUUUAUUGUAUGAGUCGCACAGAAUAACUGCUUCACAGCGUUUUGUAAUUGUAAAGCAUUUCCGUUAUUUUUAGUUGGUUCAUUCGCUACAACACACUUACAGACAGGAGUUAUGCGUCGGAAAUCUUGUUAACUAUAAAUGCACUACUGUAAAUCAUUUAGAACGGAUAUUACAAAUUUGUUCCCAAACACAAACAAAAUAAACAGCGGAAAAUAUUUUGUACAGGAUUAAUUCUUACACAAAUUUAUUCAACACACAUAUUAUUUUUUUUAUCAAACCCCCUUAAAGUAAAUUCGAAUCUAAUAUGUACACUAACAACUAAUUUGCCCAUAACUUAAUCAAUGAAAGAAAACAAUUAACGUAUAAACGUACUACAAAACAAACAAAAUUAAAGUAAUUAUCAUUAUUGUUGUAAUAAAUAAACUAUAUAUACAGACUAAUAAGCAGAGAAAUAUAACGAAAAUCCAUACCAAAAAAUA